UUGGUUCGGAUCCCCCCGGAACUAAUAUCAGAUGCGCGAGUCUCUGGGGGAACUGUUUUGACCGAACACCCGGAGAGGAGUAACACACGCGCAGGUACGAGACCGGAUCAAAGAAGAUGAGCUUUGGGUUGUCGGUGUCGGCUGGAGGGUGUCCAGAUCCAUCUGAGAACAUUUCCACCCUGCGCGGAGUCAAUGGCGGUUUUCCCUGCAAACAGAUAGAGAUCUUCAGACUGAAUAACACCAGGAGCAUACAAUGGAUGAAGGACUGCCACCCAGUGGAGCCCUCGUCUUUGGAUGAGGACGGCUACAUGCGACUGCUUCCGGCCUCAGAGGAGGAUGCUGGGAAAUACACCUGUCUGGUUGAUGUUAGCUUCAAUGGGAGGAGCUACACAGCUGCACGUAGCAUCCAGCUGAGCAUCAAAAAAGACCUCUCAGAUGCAAUAAUUGCAGAGCCGAAGCUGCUGUUCCCCCAUCAGGAAGUAGUCGUGGUUGAAGUGGGUAUGAGAGCAGAGCUGCAGUGUUUAGCCUACAUAGGUUUCAGUGAGGACCCUAAAACACUCAUGUACUGGACUGUUGGCGAUAUCUUCCCUGAGGAUUACAGGGAGGUACUCAACGAAUCCUUUAAAAAUAUUCAUGAAAGGGGGAAGGUGUAUCGUCUUUCCACUCUGUCCAUCUCUAAAGUUGAUCCUCGGUUCCUGAACGUCCCCAUUUGUUGCCAUAUAACGAACGCAGCAGGAAUGAAAGUCAGAUUGAUUCUGCUUCAAGAAGCUCCUGAUGGGAAACUCUACGAUGGCUAUGUGAGCUUCCUCCGUCCCAGCACCCUGAGCUCAUCUGAGAUGGCGAACUUUGCCCUGCAGAUCCUUCCCGAGGAGCUGGAGAAGAAACAUGGCUACUCCCUGUACAUCAGAGGACGAGACGACUGCCCUGGAGAGGCCUCGCAUGAUACCAUCGCUGCUACUCUCCACCAGUGCCGCAGACUGAUCAUCAUACUAUCACCUGAUGCAAAAUCCCCCGAUGAUAGCAAAACAGAGGAAAUGUCACCAUUAUGCGACGAACAAAACCAGCUGUGCUAUGAACAGAAAAUCGGCAUUUACGACGCUUUGACGCAGAAUGAAGCCCGAGUGAUUCUGGUGGAAAUCGGUGGCCCAGUGGAUUACAGUCGCCUGCCGGAGUCUCUUCACUACAUCAAGAGGAAACAAGGAGCUCUGAAGUGGAAGAACGCCUCAAAUGGAACCCACAGUCUCAGCAAGCUGCACUCAAACAGAAGGUUCUGGAAGAAUCUGAGGUACCACAUGCCCUCAGUGCCCGCAGGAGAACACCAGACAAUGAAUUAACCCAAGUGGAAAACUUUCAUUCGCCCUCGUAUUUCUGUGAACGAUGACUCCUCUCUUGCUCGUUGGCCGACGACACAAGAAAUUCCACUGUGUGUACAGCUGAAUUUUGCCACAGUACAAAUAAGUGUAAACGACUGUGCCAGCACUGUGAGACGGACGACAUGCUGCACUGUGUUUGUGAAUGGGUGGUUUUUUACUCGUGACGUUAUUUAACUCUUAUCCUUGUGCUCUUCAGGUCAUAAAACACAAUGGCUACCAGUUCAUCUACUCAUUUAGAAUGUGAGCCUGUUCAUGCAUCGGUAUGUUUUUUAUAUUUAAGAUAUUCUGGUUUUGUUUUUGCAGCUGUCACUAUUUGAUUUUACUAUUUUCCUUUGUCUUUAGAGAAAAACCUUUCAAGAGCAGCUCAACUCGGUUUUCACUGAUUAGAUAACUAUUGUAUCAACUGGUCAGAUAAUCAGAAUGAAAUGAGAGUCAGCUUUGCCUCUGGAGCCAGUGAUGAGGCCCAGUCGUCAUGGCAGCUCCACAUUGAGGAGAGAAAUACAGUUUUAACCUCUGCAAUGUUCUUCAGCACAUUCUCAGCUGCCUCUUUUUCCUUUUACUACAACAGAAAACGUGUUGUGUAAGAUUUAGCCUCCUUGGUGUUCUCUUGUUCUGAAUGUGAGUGAUGAUUAAACAUGUUAAUUUAUCAGGCCAUUUCCACUGAGUUCAGUCUGAUUCUGAAGCUGAAGAACUGAUGUUGAAAUAUGUUAUUUAAUAAAGAUUUUAAAAAA